GAAAUUGAUAUAAGUAAACAACUCUUUUUUUUUCCUCUUUUUUUUUCUCGGCCGAUCAAAUUCCAUUCAAAAAUCUAUAACUUCCUUUAAAUUCAUUAAGUAGAUAAACAACUAAAUAUGUUACAUGUUGUAGUAACAAACAAAUCCGUCGUAGUCUAGCUGGUUAGGAGCUUCCACCCGAGAGACCCGGGUUAGAGUACCGGUGACGGAGAUUUUUUUAAGUCCAGAAGUUUUGUGAGGCUGCGUAGUGUUAUGGUUCUGUAACCUGAGAGUUGGUUCCACUUUCAAUCUUCUGGUAUCUAGCAAAUUUUGUAUUGCUUCUUUCAUUUUACACUGUCGAUAAUAUUACCAAAUCUGUCGUUGUCUGGCUGGUUAGGAUACUCGUCUCUCCCGAGAGACCCUUGUUCGAGUCCGGCGAUGGAGAUUUUUUUAAUGUCCAGAAGUUUUAUAAGGCUGCGUAGUGUUAUGGUUCUGUAACCUGAGAGUUGGUUUGGUUCCACUUUCAAUCUUCUGGUAUCUAGCAACUUUUGUAUUGGUUCUUUCAUUUUACACUAUCGAUAAUAUUACCAAAUCCGUCGUAGUCUAGCUGGUUAGGAUACUCGGCUCUCACCCGAGAGACCCGGGUUCGAGUCCCCGGCGACGGAGGAUUUUUUAAUGUCCCAAGAGAAGUUUUAUGAGGCUGCUUAGUGUGUUAUGAUUCUGGAACCUAAGAGUUGGUUCAACUUCUAAUCUUCUGCUAACUACCAAAUUUUGUAUUGCUUCUUUGAUUUAAUAGUUCCUCUCCAAUAUGCAGUGUCAUGGCUUUAAUCCGCCUAUCUACAUUAGUAUUGUGUACCCUUUCCCCCAUGAUCCUCCUCAUGUUUAACCCUACUGGUUGCUAACCUGUUUCCAGAUUCCUAUAGAAUUCAAGGGUAGUGAAUCAAUUUAACAAAAUAAAAGAAGUUAUAUGUUCCAUAUCUUCUGUAUGAUCUUUUAUAACUCAUUUUUGCAUUAACUUGUUUAAAUCAGAAGUCUUUGUCUUUUUGGCAGACAGAAUAAUACUUCUUCACUUUGAAGCUGUUGCAUGGACAACAUGCUGAAGUUCUCGAAGGAUAUUCUAUCUUGUUCUUUCUUACUUCAUCACAGAGGCUGCAUACUAGAAGUUGGUAUUAACCUUCUCCCAAGGUGGAUGGCUUGGUUCUUCAAAUUUCUGGUCAGCAGAACAAGUAAGGUGCAUCUAGACCAUAAACACAGUAGUUGGGGGAGACGAUAACUGGACACCAUGUGUUACCAGGAUAACUAUCUUAUUCCACCAGAACCUAUUCAUUCUCUCUCGGGUUGUUUCCGAUUACUGCAGCCACUUCGGUCUUGGACAUCUACAAGGUGUAUGUAUACAUUACCACUAGAAACCACUAACCAGAUGCUGAAGAGGUGACGUUUCUAGUUAAAGCUUUCUAUUGGGUAUGAAAUUUGAAUAUUCAUGGUUUAUUUUACUUUUUUUUUUUAACUAUCCCAAUUAACCCAUUUUUCAUUUCGCGUUCCCUCUUUUAACGAGAAAAAGGGUUAGCGAGGGGAGAGACGGUUUGAUUGCGCGACUUCGAAGGCGUUCAAUUUGACCAUUAAAAAUCGGGAGAACGGCUGUAAUCCGAAGCCAUUCUUGUUAAGAAGAUGCGGCGAGGUGGUAGACGAUAUCGAACCGGUGAAGAGUACCCGUCACCCGUUGAACGGAAGGAGGAGCCACCGACAAACGUUCUCAGGCGGCCUGGAAAAGAACACUGUCCCGGGGGAACCGAUGCUGAUGAAGGUCCAGAUUUGCGCUUACCCAGUAGGUUGUUUGCAACGGAUAGAUACCCCAGCAAUAGGCUAAACGUGUACUCGUCGCUGGAGUUGUUGUUGGUGGUGAGGGAUGUUCUGAGGGGUACGCCAGAGUGGGACCGUUUGAUGGGGUCUUGUUUUGGAACGCUCUACCAGUUGCCGGUGCGACGAUGUUCCUACGCCUCGGUGAUGAUUCACGCAAUGCUUGCACGGCAGUUGGUAACCAAAAAAAGGUACGAGGUGUGGCCAGUCUUUGGAGGAAACCCCUGGCGUUUCUCCUUGGUGGAAUUUGGUGGUGUUACUGGACUUCCCUGUGGAGAGUUUGAGGCGGGGUAUGCUCCUGAUAUUCAGCCGGCGUAUAAAGAAGCAGACUAUGCAUUUUGGGAUAAGUUAUUUGAGGGGAAGCGGGAUAUCACCAUCCCUGAAGUGGUGAAGAUGCUUAAGGAGGAUUUGACUCUCACCAGGAGUAGGAAAUUCAAGCUAUGUUUGCUUCUGAUAGUUGAUGGCGUUUUGAUAGCUUCUACACAACCAGCUAAGCCGACAGUGAAGUAUGUAAAGCUUCUAGCCAAUGUGAACCAGUUUCUUGCCUUCCCGUGGGGUAGGGAGUCCUAUUUCUGGACUGUGAAAACUAUGCUCCCAGCGAAGAAGGUUAUUGGUUUGUGUGAUGAUCCAGAGGGAGAAUUCUGCGUUAAGUUGAGGCAGAAGACUAAACAGAUGGUUGGCUUCCCACUGGCGCUUCAGUUGUUGGCUUAUGAGGCUAUACCUCAGUUGCUAGCUAGGCUUGGUGGCACUGACGAAUUGAAGAUUCUGUCCUGUGAAAGAAUUCCAAAGCACGCUGGAGUUAAUUUGGUUGAUGUAUUGGAGGCCGAGCACCACCCGGAGGUAACUCUUUUUUUUUGCGAUGCAGUCUUUUGCUUCUAGCCUAGUUUGUUUUAAAUUUUUCUAGUGAAAUGUUUGGCUGUACGCCCAUGAUGAUUCAGCGUACGGCUGUACCUGUGCGCUUAUUGGGUGUAUAAGUGUACACCUAAGUAGGGGAGUACAUGUGGACGGGUUCUGUAUAUGUACUUGUCACGUAAGUGUGUAUGGGUACCUGUCUUUCCUUAGCGAGCACACAGUUUGUUUAUGUGUGAGUAACGGUUAAUGUACUUCAUAUGCAGCUGAUGGUUCAGCCGAUGAUGGAGGUUCCCGACGACGUGGAUGAAGGCUGGGGUGUGUGGGACGAUGAGAUUGUUGACCGUAGAGUGACCUACAUGGUUGGAAAGUUGGUGAAUGGUCAAAAUUUCAAGAAGAUGGCAUGGGGUGGUGGCGAUGGUAAAGAAGACUUGUAUGAUCACGAGGCUGCAAAAGAAGUGAGAAAGAGAAAGAGGAAUGUAUUUCCUGCAAGAGUGGUAGAAGGCGCCGUAAUGAAGCAAAGAAGGGUUAGUGGUUAUUUCCGCCGGACAGAGGGUGCAGACCGAGAGAAAGAGGAAGUACUGGCUAGGGUUGUUGUGUUGGAGAAGGCGGUGGAGUGGCUUACACGGAAGUUGCUGCGUAGGAAGAGGGUGGGCCUGACACCAAUGAAGGAGAGGCUGAGGAGCGGGACGGUGCAGAGGAAGCGUAAGAAGAAAACGAAGGAGACGUCUAAGGAGGAUAAUCCGUUUGGAGAUGCGACCUAUGAUGACUGGGAGAGUGGUGUGGCUGUUGUUGCGAAAGGGUCACCAGUGCAGAUGUCUGAAGGUGGUGGGGAUGAAUCAUCGGAACCGGAGAAGGGAGACAAAAGCAUUGAUGGCGCUGAGUUUCUUCCCAGUAAUUCAAAAGAGCAUUCUGGUGCCGAGGAGGAGGUGGAGGAUAGCGUUGAUGAGGGAGAGACUCACCGAAAAGGUGGCGCGUCUGAUUCAAACACUUCUGAUGAGCAACCGCCUGUGCUGGUGCCGCUGUCGGAAGGCGAUGGUGUCCCCCUGCAGUGGGUUGAGCAGGGAGUUACUGGCUAUAAGGGUGCAGUUUUAUACCGGGCUACAACCAGCCAGACUUUUUUUGUUGCCGAGGAGAAGGUGGUUAAAUUUUUCUUAUUAUGUGGUUUGGUUGUGGUUGUGACUUUUAGUUUUGCAGGGUGAAAUUGUUUCAGACGAUUUUAAGGAGGGUGAGAAGAGCGAGGCUGUGGAGUGUAAGGGUGGAGAGCAGAUGGGUGUUUUUGUAGCCGUCGAAUCCAGUAUUCAUGGGGAUCCUGGUGGCCAAACUUGUGAUAGGCUUGACGAUCUUAUAGGGUGUAUUGUGAAAGAACAUGCAGGUGACGAACAAGGAGAGCUUUCGUGUCCAAUGGAGCCGGUGUUGGCAAACCAAAAGGUGGGAGAAGAGUCCGGCACAGAGCUGAAAGGGACUUUAGAGGAUGAGCCAUGUGAUAGCCGAAAGGAUUUAGUGUUUGAGGUUGAUCUCGAAAGGGAGGGGGUUGAGGAGGAGGUUCUGGCUGAGUACAAAGAGACAGCCGAGGAGUCUAUUGAUUUGGAGACGCCCUUAAUUGUGAGGAAUGACGAAGACGGUGUUACAUAUUUGAGUGACUCGUCUCAGUGUCCACCCAGUGAGAAGCACUGUCCUGUGGAGGCUGAAGCGCAAUUGGCUUCUUUGCUUCUGGCAAAAGAGCCUUUCACUUUAGCGCAUAUAGUCCCUGCCGUUGAAGAUCCUGACUUCCGAUACUUUGAACAAGUUUUACAGGCUGACCCUAAAGUGUUGCAUGUAGGCGUAGGUCAGUAUGAUCUUGAGAAUCAAUUUUUCCUGGACCUUGCUACGGCGGAGAAGUGGGUAACGAGCAAGCAUAUGGAGGUUCUGGUGGAUUAUGUUGGGCAGAGGCAUGCUGAGGUCCUGCAUCGUAAUAGAGCCAUGUUUGUUGCACCUUGGUUUAUGGAGCAGCUUGCUGGUAAAGCUAAGACGUUCAAUGCAACUACGUAUAAGGGUAGGGUCUUCUCGGACCGUAAGCUGGCGGGGUAUUUAACUAAGAAGGGGCAGAAGCUUGGUGUGGAUGUGGAUCAAGUUUAUGCACCUAUGUUUUGGGGCACAGACCACUGGGUGGGGUUGCGAAUCAGUUUGAGCAAAUGGAGUGUUUUGGUUUACGAUCCAAACCGGAAGCUGCGCACGAUGGAUGAGGUAAUGACGAUAAUGACUCCCAUAGCGAAGAUGCUUCCUUACCUUGUGCGGAAGGUGUGCCCUGCCAACUUUCUUGGUGGACAUGGAUUGGAGCCGUUUGGGGUGGAGCUGAUGGCUGAUGGAUAUCAGAACACACGCAGUGGGGAUUGUGGGCCUGUGGCUUUGAAAUUCAUGGAGUUAGCAGCAACGGGUGUUAAGGAGCCAGAUGUUGAUGAUUUGACGGACUCAUCAGUAGACAUUUUCCGGAAGCAAUAUGCGAUGGACGUGUACAAGGAUUGGGUUGUCCCAUUGUACAUGUGUGGCGAAGCAUCGCAGCAUGGAAAAUGAUUGGUGGUUUAAAUAGUUGACUUGUUUUGGUGUAUUAUAAAGGUGUUUAAGGAUGCAGUAGCUUUGAGCUUCUAAUUCUACCAAGAAUGUUUGUGCGGGGAUGUUUUACUUGUUUCCUAUCUUAGACUUAUCUAUGUUUAACAUUUGAUUCUGAUGAUGUCGUACCUAUUAUCCUCAUAUGUGUCCGUUUUAUCAGCAAUGUUUUUCCGUAGCUUAUAAAAACGUUUUGUCUUGUACUAAACGUUUUUUGUACGAAACCGUAAAUAAUGUGUUUGUGGAAGGAGUACAUGCGUACAGAGCUAGAGUAAUCUAUGAUCUUUGAUCGGUACAGAACAUGAGUACACUGUAGCACAUGCGUACGAGGAAUUCGAUGUCAUUUCGUAAGAUAGGUGAAACUGUAAUCUUUUAUGAUUACAAAACGAGAGUAGACAGUAGGCAAGAUUGAAGUUAGGUAUAGUAGGCAAUAACUGACAUAACAACGAUUAUGAAUAACUAGUUUGCAUCCGCUUACAAGUCCCACAGAAGGAUUACAAAAAGGAGCCGAGUUCAACCAAGUUUACUGACAUAAAAGUUAAGUAGUUUGCUUAGAUUAGCUAGUGAACGAGAGAACCUACAUGAUGAACCUAUAGAGAAUGGCCAGGACCACAACACUCACGCCCAAUUUUUUGAGUGUGCGCAGUUCCGUUUUCAGGGUGUUUAUCUCGUUUCUGAGGUCUUGAAUUGGCUCAUUGUAGUCGUGUACAGGGGACGCGACGGUUUGGGUGUCUGAAGUCAGACUUCCUAUUCCAGACUCAGAAGUGUGUAGGUUACAGAUCUGUGGAACCGCCAGCUUACUGAGAUCUUCAAAUCGUGCCUUGAGGUCCUCAAUUUCCUCAACCAUGGAAAUGUCGGUCCAUUUAAAGAGAUGGUGGCGAUUGUUCUGAGAGUAGAAGUAACCGAUUUUUUUGGGUUAGGGCGAGAAUAGUAUGAUUCGAUUUUAAAAAGUUGGAGGAAAUGCAGUACCUCGUCACCUAAAGGACAACUGUGGAAAAGCCGUCCCGGGUUGGAUUGUGUUUUGGAAGUGAGGCGAGAAACACGUCUGCCGCACCUGCAGUGAGUCGGGAAGCCUCUGUUUUCAUCGCCCAUCGUGCUCUGUUCCUUUGUUUGUGUUAAGGGUAGAACCCUAGAAGCUGAUGUAGUUUGUGUAUAAAACGACGGCGUUUAGGUUUUGGGUAGUGGUAAUUUUUUAUUUUUUUUCCUUUUUUCUUGAGAACAGUUUAAUAAUCUUGUGUACUCCAGUUGUGUACUCACGGUAAAGGUUGUGUACGCGUGGUCAAACAUCUAAUUGGUUGUACCUAAAUGGGCCUAAAUGGCGAAGUACAUGUGUACAUACCGUAAUGCUUGUGUACGCCUUUUAAAAAAGGAAAUUGGAAAACAGUCAUAUUCCGAAAAAAAUAAGCGUUUAGUAACACCAAAGAGGAACAGCCAAUACAUGUUAACAAAGUUUUAGACAUGCAAUACAAAAGCAUCAAAAAGUGUUGAGUCAGAGCUGAUCCUGGGUGAAUGCGCUAUCCAAAAGAGACAACACUUGGAUAUAAAAUUCACCCCCAUCAGAGAGGGACGACGCAGCGAGCGCGGUUGUGUCCAGUCUGUCCACAACGGCUACACUUGUUUUGGUUGGCCUUUGUUUUCUUGGCAGGCUGUAAAAAAGAGGAAAUUAAGUUAGGGUGCAAUGAUUGAAACAUGUUUAGGAAGCCAGAGGUAUAAGAAGAUACCGGGAUCUCUCCUGUGGAUGGGAUCCUUCCUUCCCUAGGCCUGCCUGAAGGACGUCUAGUCCUAGGAGGGUAAAUCGUCACAUCUCCAAUAGCUGGCGGGAUGGAAUACUCACCAAUGUCAGCCUCUGGGUAGAUGACACCAGCGUAUGUGUCUCUCCAGUGUUGUGUCUUGUAAAAAUCACCAACCAGUUGGUUGUAGGGUAGGCCAACAGAGUCUGCGGCUAAGAGGGCAUGGCCGCAAGGUAUAUUGAGCUUCUGGAAGACUUGGCAUGAACAGACCUUGGUAUCCAAGUGGACAGUGUUUCCGUGGCCAAAAAGACCAUGAACAGAGAAGCUCCAGUCCUUGGAAGGAGAGAUCUUGCUGCCUUUGGUAAGUUUGAUGUGAGUUUGAAUGACCUUGUCAACCUCUGGUGUGCAAAAACCCCUGUGUUUUGAAGACUUGGUCCUCCUGGCUGAGAACCAACGGGUGACCAUGCGUUGGAUGAACAUGAACAUCUCAAUAAUUGGAGAAGCACGAGAUUUGGAAAUAGCAUUGUUCAGCUGCUCGGCUACGUUGCUGGUCAUGAGAUUGUAGCGGGAACCGGAGAAGUAAGUACGAGUCCAUCUUGAAGUGCCAAUGUCCUCAAGGUAUUUGAAGCAGGCAAGGUUGGCCAUUUUAAUCUUGUCGAACUUCUUGUCAAAAUCAGCACGGCGGAAUUGGAAAGCAGCCUCGCAAACCAUCUUAGCAAGCCCCUUGCUUUUGUACCGGGAUACAACGUUCCUCAUAAUGUGGACAAUGCAGGCACCGUGGUUUGCCUUAGGAAACGUCAGACUAACUGCCUUGGCUAUGGAGACAUGGCGAUCAGAGAUGAUAGAUAGUGUGCUGGAGUCAGCAAUAAUCCUUUCGACCUUGGUGAGAAACCAUGUCCAAGCCUCCUCUGUUUCUCCAUCAACCACAGCAAAGGCAAGGGGGAAGACUUGGAAGUUACCAUCUUGGCCGCUGGCAGUUAGGAGUACUCCUUUGUAUUUCCCAGAGAGAUGAGUGCCAUCAAUAAUCAGAGCAGGACGUAAGCGACGGAAACCUUGUAUUGAAGCACCAAAGGCCAGGAAGGCGUACAGAAAACGUGUGUCCCCGUUUUCAUCAAGUUCUGUUUCAACGUCAGCAAUGGUGCCAGGAUUUGUGGCUUUCAGCCUCUCAAAAUAAUCAACAAUGUUGAGGAAAGAGUCUUCUGCGUUACCAUGCGUCAUGUCGAUAGCAAUUUCCUUGGCCCGAUGGCAUUUCAUGUAGGAAGCGGAGACACGCAAAUCUUCAAGGACAAGUUGCUGGAGCUGAGCGGCUUUGGGGGCGUCCGUGGUAUCUCCGUAUUUCGAGCGGUAAAUAUGUGCUAACACCUUAGCAGUUGCACGCCUCUUGUACAGCCUACGAGUGUCGGUGUCACAGGUGUGAUUCAGCUGACACUUCUUAAUAGUGUAGUAACCACAAGUCGUGAGCUCUUUUGCAAAGAUUCUCCAAUCACAGCGCGGAUCGUAACAACUGAGAACAAAAGAAUGCCUGCUGGUUCUUGACUGCCUGAAAUGAAACUGUUCCUUAAUGGCAUAGAUGGCCAGACCGAUCUGGCAGUCUUGUUUGGAGGCAUACAGUUUUCCAACGCAUGGUUCAUCGUCGUCAAUUGCCAAAUCCGGGACAUCUUCAGCUUCGUACAAGGUAUCAUCAAACAGAGGGGGUAUGUCGAACUCCUCAUCACUGAUAUCUGAGAGAGGCCUGGUCUCACGAACAUUUGGAGUGCUUGGCUGAUGCUGGUAUGCACGGGUGAGGGGUGAACGUGUGUACGAGGGAGAGCUGGAUGAGGGGGGGCAGCUACGAGUCUGUACAGGUGUACGGCUAGGAGUUUGUACAGAGGGAAAGGGCAGACCGGUAUCAGGUUUGAUGUACGGUGGCAGCUCGCCGGACACUAGGACGGUAUGGUCAAAAGCAUCACCGGUGGUGCAGUGGAUGAUAUGAGGUGCAGUUUUUGGGACAGAGAUACCCGCCAUAACCUCAGCCGCAUCUGAUCCACCAAGAUGAUUGUCAAUGAGAGGAGACCAAAAAUCCUCAUCGUACCCACGAGGUUGGACAUCAUCAAUAUCGGGCGGAAUAGAAGUAUCAGAUCCUGUUUCCUCUUCCUCCUCUUCAAUGACCCAACUGUCUGGUUUGGUGUCGGGGUCUUCUUUGAACAUGUUUUCAAGGAGCUCGUCUCCGCACAAAAGGGUUUCGUCUAUAAAAGAUAAGCGAGAGGGCUUUGUACCAGAAGAGCUGCCUGGGAUUUGAGAGUGUACAGAUGUACGUUUCGAAGGUUGUCCAGGGGGACAACUCUGAGACUGUACAGGUGGACAACUACGAGGUUGUACAUGGUGGCAGCCCGGUGUAGGUUCGGGUGUACAAUCACGUGGGGGUACGGGUGGACAUCUCUGUGACAUGUUUUGUUCAUCUUGGUUGAAAAGGGAGAAAUCGGGGAUUUGAGAACCGGAGGUUGAGGGGUGUAUAACAGCAGAGGAGGAGUAGGGACUGAGUGCUCUCUUAAUAGGCUGAUUAGGAGUUGUGAAGGGCAAAGGAUUCUCAGCAACACGGCUUGUGGUGGAGGUCGGGGCUUGGGAUGUAAAAGUCACAAACAAGUUCAUUCCUUUGUGUGACUGGAAAUGCUGAUAGAAGUAGGAGACAGCACCGUCGUUCGUUAGCAUGACUGGGGGGGUGGUUAGGCCAGUUGCAAGCUCCUUCAAAUUCGGGGGCCAAUAGCUUAGUACGGCGGUGAGGAGGAUCUCGGGGGUGUCAAAGAACUCCUUGAAAACAUUGGUCAACAGCUCAGUCAAGGUGAUAUCUUUGCGAAGAGGGACGAUCCUGGUCAUGUGGUCUUUGUCGAUUGAGAAGUUCCAGUGCUUGUCUGCUCCGGUUUCCCACUCACCGGCGAUAACCAUACAGUGCUCCGCCAUGGCGAAGGCUGUAACCUGACAUAGUUUUAUCGAAAUAAGUUUUGUUUAACAUUGAUAAAUCUUAAAAACAAGAUUAAGGAUAGCUAUAACCUUAAUGGGGGGUGAUUUACAGAAGAUCGAUGAAGGACGUUAUGCAGGGCGACGGUGAAAGCAGGGGAGUGAAAGUGAAAAAGGUUAAAAGGGAAGUCGACGGUAAAGGAAAUGAAGAUGAAAAAUAUAGGCUAAUCGCAGCCGUCCAUUGAAAUGACAAGUAGAGUUAAUCGGAUGGUUGGAGUGUGAGCAAGUGUAAUGUCAAGUCUAGAUCUGUAAAAACAUAUGUCAACCGUGGGAUUGAAAAGUAGAUCAACGGCUAAGAGUGAAGCCCGCCUAAAAAAAUAGUCUGGUUAUAAGGAAGGUAAUUGUAAGUGUAAAGGAAGUUCUUCUCUGGUUUGGUUUCUAAGGAGGAGUUAGGAAAAAGUGCACUUGUAGAAAUAUGUGACUUAUUGAGAUAUUAACAAGUAGAAAAGUGACCCUGAUUGUAAAUGUUUCCUAAAAAUAACAGUAAUAAUUUCAUUUUCUUGCUGACU